CGGCUUUGAGGCCCCGGGCGGCCGGCCACGACCGCGUGCCUUCCACCUUAGUUGCGAAUAGGUAUGCUUGGAGCCUGAGGGAGGGAAGGCAGGCAGGCAGGCAGGACUGUGGUAUGCGCCGCGAAAGGCAAUUGCGCUGUUCGCAAUUCUCACAGGUGGUAGGUAUCUGCAUAGUACAGUACCUGGCCGUACCUGCCAAUACUCGACUCCCCUGCGAAUAUCCUGGAAGCCAUCCGUCCACUGUAGCGACUGCACUGGCGACUUUUUUCUCCCUCAUCACCCUCACCACGACAAACAACCGCCCGACAUCAACGAAUAAGGCCCGACUGCGUAACAUGCCACGCCAACUUGCUACUCACCCAACCAGACACGCUACCACGGACAUGCGCUGGGUCGUCUCUGCAGCUCGUCGACCCUCUCCCCCUCCCCUCUCGCGUCGUCGUCCUCGUAACGACGCAAGCGGCAAAGAGAGACGUUCCCAGCACCAAGUGGGCGGUGGGAGUGGAGCAUGGCGUCGGCCGGCGCUCUGCAUCCCGCCGUUGAACGACUCUCAAUUAUCAGACCACCUUUCGCAGUCGCCGUCAUCACCCACCUCGAGUCCAGAAUUGCGCCCGCCCCGGCACCUGCCCGCCCUAUUCGGCCCUCAGCCAUCGCGUUGACUGACUUGUUGACUGACUUGUUGACUGAUUUGGUGCCCAGCGCCAUGGCCGCCAGGAAAAUGCCAUGAGUCCAUGACGGCUUGUUGGCCUGUCCGGCCCGUCUUCCUGGCCCUUUUUCCUGGCCCUCGGCGGCUUGCGACUUGCGAUUCUUCGGUUGACCCCCCACGCGCGCCACCCUCCGGCUCAUUGGUGCUCUCUCGGCGUGGUUACACCGAACCCAGCGAGCAGACUCGUCACGCCCAUGCACACGGCCGAAUACACUCACGCCCUCAGUAGCUCAUGCUGGUGUUCCUGCCGCCCUGAUCUGAUCUGAUCCAGCGGCCUCGCACUC